AUGCGGCUAAAAGCAUGUGCAGCAGACAACCCUGGACAACAAAGAGCGGUGAUAGAAAGCAAAAGAAAAGAACAAGCCCCUGGUGAGGCGAAGGAGAAGAAGAAACGAGGCGGCAACCGGACACGCGCUACAGGGUUGACAUCAGAGGUCAGGGGGAGGGAAGAAAAACCAAGCGGACAGGGGGAUGUCGACGAGAAGUGCAGGGAGGAAGACGAUGGGGAAGAGAAGAAGAAGAAGCAGAAGAAGAAGAAGAAGAUAUUACAUGGAACUCAGUGGUUGAUGUUGAUGUUGACGUUGCUGAAGUUGUUAUGUUGGGAUGACCCGAAAGGGAAAAGGAAGAUGAAGAAGAAGAAGAAGAGCAGAAAAGGACGGGAAGACGGCGGCUUCCCGAGUGACCAGAGAGCCUUGGAGAUGGCGAUUGAAGGAGAAACAGUAGAGACCCCUGGCUACCUGGGUGGCGGCAGGUACAAGGGGAAGAAGGGAGUAGAGUUGACCAGUUGCUGCCUGUCCUCAUCUUCGCCUGUGCUCUUCGCCGCAAGCCAGAGUUGUUUGCUCUGUAAAUAG